CACUGCAUGUUCACAAGGGGUGGAGUUCUGUUGACUAGGGGCUAAAAUUCUGCCUCCUAAUCAAUCACAGUGGCAGGAAAAGCAUGGCAACAUGAGCAAUGCUGAGAUAAUCGGUUCUACAAAUCUUAUAAUUCUGCUAGAGGAUGAAGUCUUUGCCGACUUUUUCAACACAUUUCUUUCUCUUCCGGUCUUUGGUCAGACACCAUUUUAUACUGUUGAAAAUUCACAGUGGAGCUUGUGGCCAGAAAUACCUUAUAACUUGAUUGCAAAGUACAAAGGAUUAUUGACCUGGUUGGAAAAAUACCGGUUACCUUUCUUCUGUAAAACCAACUUGUGUUUCCAUUACAUUCUCUGUCAAGAGCUCAUCGGCUUCAUUAACUCCCCAGAAGGAGCCAAGAUGAUGAGAUGGAGAAAAGCAGACCAGUGGCUACUCCAUAAGUGCAUUGGUGGGGUCAGAGGGAUGUGGCGCUUCUGUACCUACCUCACCAGCAGUACAGGUGAAGAGCUGGUGGACUUCUGGAUCCUUGCUGAGGAGAUCUUGAGCAUAGAUGAGAUGGACCUGGAGAUGAGAGACCACUACCUGUCCCUCCUCCUUGUGCUGAAGGCUACACAUCUACAGGAGGGCUCAAGAGUGAUAACUCUCUGCAACAUGAACAUCAAGUCCCUCCUGAACCUCUCCAUCUGGCAUCCCAACCAGUCAACCACCAGGAGGGAGAUCUUGAGCCACAUGCAGAAAGUGGCUCUGUUCAAAAUUCAGAGCUAUUGGCUCCCCAACUUUUACACCCAUGCCAGGACAAUUCUGGCCAAGGAGGAAUCAUGCCAAGGUCUGAUGCAGGAAUAUGAGACUCGCCUGUACACUAUUUGCUGUACUCAUGUAGGAGGACUCCCUCUAAACAUGAGCAUCAAGGAGAGCCACCACCCCCAGAAGCAGUACUCGAGCAGGAAGACCAAGAGGAGGAUGUGGCAAUUGAUAGACCAUAGCACUACUCUGAAAAUGGAUACCAAGCCAGACACCAAUAUUACACAACCCCAGAAAAUGUGUUCUCCAGAGAAGGACACAUACAAAUAUAAAUAUAUACAAAUGCCUUCCCCGAAAGUGACUUCUUCAAAAGAGAGAAUAAUCAGUUCCCUGGAAAAGGAUAUUUUAUGUGCCAGGAAGUCUGACAUGAAGAAGAAAGCCAAGAGCCACCUCCACAUGGAGGGCCUCUUUGAGACAACGUUCUCUACACACCUGAGGACUGUCACCCCUAUCAUCAAUCACUCCCCCCAGAUGAAAGUCAAGAAGGCCAUCAAGCAAACCAUCUCCUUAGGGUACACCCACUGGGCCUUGUGUGCUGAUGCCUGUGCAGGGAGUCCCUUCCGGAACCACCUGAAAAAGCAGAAUUUGAAAGUGGAGACCCAACUCCUGGACCUCUGGCAAGACCUGCACCAUUUUCUCAGUGUCCUGAUGAGUAACAGGAAGACUGGGAAUGCCACCUUUCGGCACAUGCUGGGCAACCGAAUUUGUGAGCUCUACCUGAAUGAACAGAUUGGUCCAUGCCUACCACUCAAAUCACAAACCAUUGAAGGCCUGAAGGAGAUGCUGCCUUCUGGGGAUAUAAACCCCUGGAUUCCCAGAGCCCAGAGGGAGAUCUGCAAGAUGCUCAGCUCCUGGUAUGAUGAAUUCCUGGAGGAAGAGGACCACUGGUUUCUCAUUUUCACAACUCAGGCCAAGUUCAUCAGCAGCAAAUGGCAUAAAAAGGAAUCUAUAAGUAAAGAAGAGAACAUUCUUCUUUAUAAGAGGUGUGAGGAAUCCCUGGAGUUAAGCCAGGGUUUGGCUAACAUGGAGGAAAUGGAUUCUAUGCAGUGGCAAAAGAUAACAACCGAGGACCUGAAACAAAACGGGUCUCUCCAGGUAGAACUAAAGUCUCCAGUGUUCCAAGCAGACAUCAGGAAAAUGUCCUUUGAGGAACUCUGCUUUAAGUUUCCAAAGGUGGCCAUACAGAAGAUCAGCGAUGAUUACAAAAUAUAUUGUGAAACAGCACCUAAACUAGAUAUUGCAUUGGAAGUUGUCAGAGAACCAAAUGUGUUUUCAACCUCACAUAGGAAAAUGUCCUUCUUCAGAAAGGCUGGUGUAAGGAAGCCCUCGUUAAGACCCAGAAACUUAACAGAAGUCCUCCUCAAUACACACCACUUGGAGUUCUUCAAAGAGUUCCUCAAAGAACGGAAGGCUGAAAGCCCCUUGCAAUUCCUGGUAGCCAUACAUAAGAUCAGUAUUGAGACAAACGAAAAAAUAUACAAGUCUCUCUUUGAAAAUAUAAUCAAGACUUAUUUCCAUGGCAAAAGUUCUGCUGAAGAAAUACUGCAGUGUGAUGCCCCUAUUGUCAAAGAAAUCUCUGGAAUGCGUCAUGUCAGCACAACCACACUGUUAAUGAUACAGAGCUUUGUCAUGAAAUCUCUGGAAGAGAAGUGGUUUAAAGAUUACCAAGAGCUGUUCCCACCUUAUCCUGAAGGGCAUGUUGAAGUACAAACUUCUAAGAAGCCCUCAAAGACCGCAGCUCACCUACAAGAAUCCCAGGGGAGAGGCUGGCGGAAAAUGAUUGGCUUCAUUAAGAGUUUUUGCAAGUACCGCAGAUUUGUGUCUGAUCCCCAUAAGCGCCGGGAAUUUGAAGACUAUCUUCACCUAGAAGUACAAAAUAACAAGGAAAAUUUCUCCACAACACCAAAUGCACCAGGACGCCCAACCGCAAAUACCGCCAACGUCCGGAACGCAGACCUUGAGAAUGGGGAUGUAAUACUGAUGAAGCGUCGAAUACUUGGCCACAGAAUUAUCACCGUCAACUUCGCAAUCAAUGAUUUGUAUUUUUUUUCUGAAAUAGAGAGAUUUAAUGAUUUGGUAAGUUCAGCUCACGUGCUGCAAGCCAACCGGGCAUACAAGGAGAAUGACGUGGCCCUAAUGAGGUCUAAAAUUAACAUCAUCCUAAAGCUCUACCUGCAUUCGGAAAUCCCUCCAAGGCUGAGGGUGAACAUCUCUGAAUCCCAGAAGGAUGCCAUCAUUGCUGCCAUUGCAGAGGGCCACCUAGAUCGGAACAUCUUCCAUGGAACUGUCAUGUCUCUCUUCCCUAUCAUUAUGUACUUCUGGAAAAGGUUUUGUUCCUGGAAGGCAGCCCACUCUUACUUCCAGUUCAAGGGGAAGACACACAAGGAUAAAAAAACUUCUCCUAAACCCACACACAAGACUUCUCCUUGGAGUGGAGGAGACCAUGCCAUCUUAAGAUUCACCUUGCUCAGAGGUAUUGAGUGGUUUCGGCCUCAACAACGGGAGGUAAUAGCAAGUCCAGGCCAAAAUUAGCACCUGCUAACUUGAACAGAACCUCCAUCCCAUGCCUUCUGCUUCCUGGAAGUACCUACUACAGAUCAUCUUAUCCCAGUAAUAAACACUCUUGUCCCAGCCACCCAUAUCUGAGCCACGCUAUAUCCUUUUUCUCCCCCAUCUUUAGCCUCAAGGAGUUAAGCCCUCUUCCAAGUAUUAAAGUUGCCUUGGUUUCCA